UUCUCAGAUGUUCUUGUUCCAGGUCUGAGUCUGAUCAGUGAGUAGUGUAAUAAUGAAACUUUUAUAGUUUAAACUGAAUGAUUACUAUAAAACUAAACCCAGUUCAGUUCACACUUCGAAGCUCAAAACCAUACUCUCUCAUGGCUGUUCCUGUAGUUCUCUGGAAAUCUUUGCUGAUUUUCUUCUUUCUGUUGUUCUUUAGUCUUCCACUUCAAACCCUUUCAAUUUCAGCUGUUGAUCAGACAAACAUCAAAACCUUUAUCUUCCGCGUCGAUGAGGACUCCAAGCCUUCUAUCUUCCCCUCUCACUAUCACUGGUACAGCUCUGCCUUUGCCGACCCAGUUCAAAUUCUUCAUGUUUAUGAUACCGUCUUCCAUGGCUUCUCUGCCACUUUAACCCCUGACCAGGCAGCUUCCGUGGUUAAACACCCCUCUGUGCUCGCCAUGUUCGAAGAUCGUCGCCGCCAGCUCCACACCACUCGUUCUCCUCAAUUUCUCGGCCUCCGAAACCAGCAGGGCCUCUGGUCGGGAUCUGACUAUGGCUCCGAUGUAAUAAUUGGCCUUCUCGAUACCGGAGUCUGGCCUGAGCGCCGGAGCUUCUCGGAUCUCAAUCUCGGCCCUGUUCCAGCUCGGUGGAAGGGUGUCUGUGAGACUGGAGUUCAGUUCACCGCUGCUAACUGCAAUAAAAAGCUUGUCGGAGCUAGAUUUUUUGCCAGAGGCCAUGAAGCGGCUGCGAGACUGAAUGGAUCUAGCGAUAUCAAGUUGGCUAACGCCACUGUUGAGUAUCGAUCGCCUAGAGACUCAGACGGCCAUGGAACACAUACAGCCUCCACUGCUGCGGGUCGUCAGGUUUUUCAGGCGAACAUGUCCGGCUACGCUUCUGGAAUCGCCAAGGGUGUCGCUCCAAAAGCUAGAUUAGCAGUCUACAAAGUGUGCUGGAAGGGCUCUGGCUGCUUCGACUCUGACAUUCUCGCUGCAUUCGAUCGUGCUGUGGCGGACGGGGUAGACGUCAUUUCCAUUUCCAUCGGAGGAGGUGACGGAAUUUCCUCUCCUUAUUAUCUCGAUCCAAUUGCUAUCGGAGCUUAUGGCGCCGUUUCUAAAGGGGUAUUCGUCUCCUCCUCUGCUGGUAACGAUGGCCCCAACGGAAUGUCUGUAACUAACCUCGCACCAUGGCUUACUACCGUCGGAGCUGGAACUAUCGAUCGUAAUUUUCCGGCCGAUGUAAUUCUUGGUGAUGGACGGAAGCUCUCAGGUGUCUCUCUCUACUCUGGUAAACCGCUGUACGGCAAAAUGUUUCCGCUGGUUUACCCCGGCAAAUCGGGAGUACUUUCCACUUCACUCUGUAUGGAGAAUUCUCUCGAUCCAAAACUCGUCAGAGGCAAGAUCGUAAUCUGUGAUCGGGGGAGUAAUCCGCGUGUCGCAAAGGGUUUAGUCGUCGAGAAAGCAGGUGGCGUUGGAAUGAUCCUCGCCAAUGGGCCUUCGAAUGGUGAAGGUCUUGUGGGCGAUGCUCACCUCAUCCCUGCUUGUGCAGUGGGCGCCAAUGAAGGUGACGCAGUCAAAGCUUACGUUUCUUCUUCUUCCGUUCCGACGGCCACCAUCGCCUUCCGCGGCACCGUCAUUGGCGUGAAGCCAGCACCCGUGGUGGCCUCCUUCUCUGGUCGAGGACCCAACGGUAUAGACCCGGAGAUCCUCAAACCAGACUUGAUCGCCCCUGGUGUCAACAUUCUGGCCGCAUGGACAGACGCGGUAGGACCGACCGGCUUAGAUUCCGACGUCCGGAGAACUGAGUUCAGCAUUCUCUCAGGCACAUCCAUGGCUUGCCCCCAUGUGAGCGGGGCCGCCGCCUUACUCAAGUCGGCCCACCCAGAUUGGAGCCCUGCUGCUAUUCGUUCUGCAAUGAUGACUACUGCGAGCAUCGUCGACAACCGUCUCCAACCCAUGAUCGAUGAGUCCACUGGUAAGCCAUCGACGCCUUACGAUGUCGGCUCUGGCCUUCUUAAUCUCGAUCGAGCAAUCGACCCUGGACUCGUAUAUGACAUCACCAACGACGACUACGUGAACUUCUUGUGCUCUAUUGGUUACGGGCCAAAGACGAUCCAAAUAAUCACAAAAACACCUCCUAGGUGUCCGGUGAAGAAACAGUCUCCGGCUAACCUGAACUACCCGUCCAUCACGGCUUUAUUUGAUACGGCGGCGCGUGGGGUCGUGAGUAAGACAAUGAUUCGGACAGUGACGAAUGUCGGGGCGGGGAACUCGGUUUACAGAUCAAAAUUGGAAGCCUUACCGAGAGGGGUAUCGGUGACCGUGAAGCCGGCGAAGCUGGUGUUCUCGGAGACGGUGAAGAAGCGGAGUUUUGCUGUGAUGGUAUCGGCCGACACUCAGAAUCUAGUAUUAGAUGACACUGGUGCGGUUUUCGGGUCGCUGUCUUGGUCCGACGGAACGCAUGUGGUUCGGAGCCCCAUAGCGGUCACACAGAUGCAGAUUUUGUAAUUAGAUUUCAACCGUUAGAUUGAGAUCCUUGUGGCAGAUUAAAACUUUUAAGGAGGUAGAGUGCAUCAGCGGAGUAUGUUUGGAUAACUCAGCUACGCUUCGUUCUUCGUUUGGGCUUUGGGUCAUGUGUGCAUCGGGUAGAGAGGGAUGGGUUGGAAAGAGUGAUGGGAUGGAUGGAUGGAUGGAUGGGAUCGUUUUUUGUUUAUGUUAUGUGGGGUUAGUGUGUAAACUCCUGUUUCAGUUACAAAACAAACUUCCAGCCUUCCAGGCUUAGUAUAUGAAUUUAAAAGUUGAUUAGACAA